GCUUCAUCUGUCAUAAGGGUCAUAAAUACAUUGUUAUAAUUUAGACAUUAGGAUUAUUUUCCUUAAUAUACUGUUUCUAUAAAGGAUGUUUAUCAGAACUGUUUUGUUAUGCGGCAACCCUAUUGAUAUGUCAUUGAGUUUUCUGUCAAAAUUGUCAACUUUCUCCAAUCCCCGGAGAACGCAAAUCAUUUUCCCUCGAUUCAGCAGUCCUUACGCUUCGUCGAAACAUCGAAAAAAAAGUUUCCUUUCUCAAAAUAAUCAAAAAUUUGAGUCUUAAGUCUUGGUAUAAUAGUUUGUGAAACCGGAAAGUAUUUUGAAAAGUAAUCAAGUGAAGGGUGAAAGUGAAAAUGAGUAAAGCGGAUUUACCAAUUAUAAAGACUGAGGUCAGCGGCGAGUAUACGCUGGCCGAAAUUGAAGUGGACAUGGAAACAGAAUUGAAUCCCGAUGACCUUCAACCCGGAGCCACUGUCCUAGCAUCCAAUGAUGGUGACGGUAUCCUCGAGCAGAUUGUUAGCCAUGAAGAUCUCUCAAAGUUCUUCACGACAACAUCUUCGGGCGCCAUCCGAAUGCCUACGGAAGUAGUAGUCCAGCGCACUUUGGCGGAUCCGGCUCUGAAGCAGAUUCUGCAGGAGGCCGAUGGCAAGCCAGACUUUGAUCCUGAGGCGGAGCAAAUGAAAAUACGUGACUUUCUGGCUGGAGUAACAAACAACAAAAUGACCACAGAAGAGUCGGUCUUCCAGGCCUCACGGGCCAACGCCGCUGCUGCAUCUGCCAACCGCGUAAAGUGCGCACAAUGUUUUGGCCAAUUUGAUACAGUAUCCAUCCAGAGUCACAUUUGUGAUCCAGAGGAACGCAAGGCCAUGUGUGAUGCUCUUUUCGGGCUCCAGGAGAAGCCACAACCUAGCAUCGCUUCAACUCCUCCGGCGCCACCAAUCAAACCCGGUAGUGAACGUGUUAUCCAGGAGAACCAAAUCCGCCUACGCCGUUAUAUGAAGGAUGAGAUGAAAUACGAUCUUACUACCGGAAUUGACAGUUCGCGCGGCAGGAAGUCCAUCAAGGGGCCUAAUGAAUGUACCAUGUGCGACCGAAAGUUUGUUCAUGCCUCCGGCUUGGCGCGUCAUAUGGAAAAGCAUGCCUUGGAUCUGAUUCCAUCGCAGGCCAGCUUGCAGCCUCACACCGCUCCGGCAGCUGGGCUUCAUGUGGUGCUUAAAUGUAAUGUUUGCGGUCGCGUCUUCUAUGAUCCUCAAGUGGCCCUGAACCACGGCCUGGUGCACUAUCCAGAGCUGCCUCACAUAACCGAAGAAGCAACGGAAAAAAGAGGCUCAUCCGCCGACAAAGCAGCCAUUAAUUUUAAGCAACUUCUCCUGGACGGCGAAAGGUUGAUCUCUGCAUUUGUGACUGAACAGCAGAAAGCAAAUCGUUUAAGGGAGAAAAUCUUCUCCACGUUGAUUGUGGGAUGCGUACUGCAGUGCGAGUUCUGCGAGUACGUGUUUGCCGACAUCUCGGAUUUGCUACUCCACUCGGCGGCUCAUAUUUCGGAGCGCCGUUUCGAGUGCACCGCCUGUGACAUAUCAUUGAGCACAGCCAAGGAGGCCAGUGUUCACUUUCAGACGGACUGCAACUUUAUGAGGGAAUCCCUUCGAUCUCUCAAUGUUUCGCUCAGUCGGUUCUUUGUGUGCAAUGUGUGCGAGGUAAAGUUCCCCAACACGGAUCUACUGCAGGAGCAUCGCUACGCUUCGUAUCACUACUUUCCACGCCUCAGCGAGAACAGGAAGCGGCUGCUCCUGCCAUGCGAGUUUUGUGAGGCUAAUUUUGAGUUCGCCCACGAGAUCCAGAGCCACAACGAGGAAAAGCACCUAAACAAAAAGAAGCGAGAGAAGGAGACCCGUAAUACUGGUACCGGCCGCCUGCGCCAAUAUCUGUGUGACAUCUGCGGCAAAUCGUACACCCAGUCCAGCCAUCUUUGGCAGCACCUACGAUUCCAUCAGGGUGUUAAGCCUUUCGUGUGCCAGGAGGAGAACUGCGACCGCAAGUUUACGAUCCGUCCUGAUCUUAACGACCACAUCCGCAAGUGUCAUACGGGAGAGCGGCCCUACCACUGUCUUGUGUGCGGCAAGCGCUUCCUUACCGGCUCAGUCUUCUACCAGCACCGCUUGAUCCAUCGCGGCGAACGGCGCUACGAGUGCGAAGAAUGUGGAAAGCGUUUUUACCGAGCCGAUGCCUUAAAGAACCAUCAGCGCAUCCACACUGGCGAGAAGCCUUACAGUUGCCUUUUCUGCACGAAGACUUUCCGUCAGCGAGGCGAUCGCGACAAGCACAUCCGGGCUCGUCAUGCCCACUUGGAUGCCAAUUCGCGGCUAAUGAUGCAGAUGCAAAAAUUUCAGUUAGAGACUGCCGCGGCUCUAAAGGCAAAGCAAAUAAAGGAACAGCCGGGUGAUGAUGAGACGGAUGAGGGCAAUCCCGCUGCUUCUGCCCCGAUGGAGGGGGCCGACGGAGACUCCGCCAUGGAUGUCCAGUAUGGUAUGUCAGAUCAGCCAGAGGCUAUGGUAUGCGUUCCAAUCGAUGAAUUCAAUUCGAACAACUACAUAAUGCAGCACUAUGUGGAGGGUAUGCCCAUGGAAGCCGAUUCGGAACAGCAGCAGUUGAUUGUUUAUAACAAUCCCACUCCAAGCAUGAUCAGUAUAUUUGAUCCUGAGGAGGAACAGCCGGAAAUGCAGAAAAGCAAUAUAGUCUUGCGUAAGGGUGGAGAAAACGCCAAAGUUGUGGUGGUCAAGAAUGAUCCUUCCCAGCCUCUUUUUGCCGAUUCUUAUAUGUAGUUUUUACAUUUUUGAAAUAAAGCGCCAAGUGAUGCCACUUGGAAGGAA